ACGAAGCUGCACAUCUCAAUAAGAGUCACACAUCUGCUCAUCCCUGUCUGUCACACAGGGAGCUUGUUAUGAUCACCUGAGCCUGUUUUAUAAACAGACGGACUUCUGACUUCAGACCUCGGCUACUAUUACAAACAACGAAACUCGACCUCACCUUCGGUAAACUCAGCGGAGGUCCGAAUAAAGCGGCGGGAUAAGGACAUUUGUCUCCGUUACAUAAGUUUGAGCCACUGCUGAAAAAUUAUUCUCAUCCGGAGGAGUGGAAACCCAAAACCUGAGCUAUGGGGGAUUAUUACGAGAUCCUGGGUGUGACGAGAAAUGCAUCCCAUGACGAUAUAAAGAAAGCGUACAGAAAAAAAGCACUGAAGUGGCACCCAGACAAGAACCCGAACAACCAUGAACAGGCAGACAAAAUGUUUAAAGAGAUCUCGGAGGCAUAUGAAGUCCUCUCAGAUGAAAAUAAACGGCGACAGUAUGAUAAAUAUGGUAAAGAAGGCCUAUCUUCUAGAGGAGGCCAUUAUGAUGAGGAUUUCAUGGGCGGAUUCACAUUCCGAAAUCCAGAUGAUGUCUUCAGGGAAUUCUUUGGAGGCCGAGAUCCAUUUGCAGAUUUCUUUGCUGAUGACCCCUUUGAAGAUUUCUUUGGUGGGCGGCGUCACAGGGGUGUUAGCAGGAGCAGGACGACAGGUCCAUUCUUUCCUGGGUUUUCUCCAUUUGCUUCCCCCUUUUCUGGUUUUGAUGCAGGUUUCACCCCGUUUGGCCCAAUGGGUGGGGGUGGCUUCACCUCAUUUUCCUCCUCCUCAUUUGGGGGUGGUGGGGGUGGAGGAAUGGGAAACUUCCGCUCCGUCUCUACAUCCACCAAAUUCAUCAAUGGAAAGAGGAUCACCACCAAACGUAUUGUAGAGAACGGUCAAGAGAGAGUGGAGGUAGAGGAGGACGGUCAGCUCAAAUCUCUAACAGUCAAUGGUAUUUCUGCUGACAAUGCAUUGGAGGACAGCCGCAGACAGAAUGCCCUCACUGGUUCUGCCCCGCACAACCGUUACCUUCGAAAUGUGGCCCAGAACCCUUCAGAGGAGGAGGAGGAGGAAGACAGAGGCCUGCAGAAUCUGGGACUUGCCAGAGGGAUUUUUGACACCAGGAGAAAGAAACUAUUGCUGAAGGAAUCAGACACCAAAAAGAAGCGGAUGCCAAGAAUGACUCCUCGGAUUGGAGUGUGGUUCUAACAGUAUUUUGCAGUAUAUAUAUAUAUAUAUAUAUAUAUAUAUAUAUAUAUAUAUAUAUAUAUAUAUAUAUAUAUAUAUAUAUAUAUAUAUAUAUUACUGUUCAUUUUCUAAAAACGGAGGAGUUAUAUAAAGAAAUGCAUAUUAGGUAGUCACACAUGCUCAGAAUUAUUCUUUUUAAAUAGAGUACAUAGAAAGUUUAUUUUUCAAUGUUCUGCUUUGACAUGUUGCAUUCAUCUAGGGUUGUCAUAGUCAUAUGUCCCACUAAAAAGUUGCAGUCGCAUCAGCUCAUUGUAACUAUUGUUUCUCCAUUCAAUUGUUAUUUUUUACUGUUUUUACUGGAUAUAGGAUAAAGUUAAAAACAAUCUGUAUUAACCAACCCUAUCUAGUGAUCCAUCACCAUGCAUGUAAUGCAACUGCUCUUUCAUUAUCUAGGUUUAAUGUGUAAAAAGCAAUCACACUCUCUUUUGUACUUACUUUAUUCAUGGUUUUAAGGAUAUUGUAGGACAUUCCCCUGCAUUGCUGUGUUACUGAAACCCCCCUAAACAUAUCACUCAUAGGAUAAUUAAACCCAGCUGAAAUACAUUUAUUCAUGUUUUAAAACACUAAACAGAGGUCUUCAUUAAUUUGUAAAAUUAUGUUUAGAUGACUCACAUGUCUGUUUUCAGCACUUUGAUACAGUUUUAAUGAAGAUAAUAAUUAAUUCUAAACAUAAAAGUGAGGCAUUUUUAAGUUUGUGUGUUUGCCCCACAUUUGGUGCUUUAUAUAUUUUGUAUUAAACGAUGGAGCACAAACUCAGGAUUGACAUGAUAUGUAAAAGAUGCUUAAAAGCAUAACUGUAGAGGUGAGAAGGAGACAGGUUGAUGUGGGGAAAUAGAACUGGUCGGACUAGUGCUCCAAGAAUGGAAAGAGAGAAAGACAAGGGAGAAAAAGAAGGGGAAAAGGUUUUUAAAUUAUUCAUUCACCAAUGUGAAAGAACACGUUUUCACCAGUCUGCCUUUUGAUCCAGUCUUAAGCACUGUAUCAAUAUUUCAGAGAAAACUGCUGAUAUGCUAUGUCCUUUCAGAACUGACAGCAUGGCUUUAAUUUACCCCGACUACUGCAUGUGUGCGUUUCGUUUUGUUUUUGAUAAGAAACAGAGACCCAAAUCUAUGGAAAAUCAUAGUUCCUAUAUUAAAAAGGGAAAUAGAAAUUAAUAGAUACAAAGACACAUCUUUUUUAGUUUGUUAGUUAUAGUCAGUUUUUGCUGAUGCUUUAUCAAUAUGUAUUAAUUCUUAAUAAAAAUGUAUGCUGUUAAUUGGUAGUGGUGUGAACUGAGGCAGUUUUAAUAAAGCACUGUUCUUUUCAAAGCCAUGAAUGUCUGUUUAUGCUGCACAGCAAUAACUGAUAAACUGUGUUAUUGGGGAAAAACACAAUAAAUUUGAACUAUACUAGAAAAUGGCUUGUUUACUUAAAGCUGUGAAGGUUUUUCUUUGUAAUACUGACAAAAAGGCUUAUUUCUGAAGCGUGUAUGUCUAGUUAUUUCUGCCUUUUUUAAACAUACUCCAAUAAAGCCUGAAAAUUGCA